UCGCACGCCACCAUCACCACCGCCGUCAGAGUGAAGAAAAUGAAGAAAAUUCAAUAAGUAGUUUCGGUCGGUCGGUUGGUCCUACAACUAUUAGGGAAAUUGUCAUUUUUCACUCCGUUUUUUCCGCGAUUUUUCAACAGAAUUGGACGUGUGGUUUCGUUGACGGCGGGAACAGAUUGAGACGGGAUGGCCAGUUCGGUGGCGCCAGUGCUUUGUAAAUAUAGAGCAAGGUUUCUCCUGGACGACGGUGCCUCCUAAAUGCAGUAGCACCAGCAAUCGUGAAUCGUCUGGAUAGCGGGGAAAAGUGCGCGGAAGAAAAAACCCCGAACGGGGUGGAGUUCAGGGGUGGUGGGUUGCAUACAUUUUGGGGCUACGCUUUUCGCCCUUGGUCAGCGAGCGAAGGAACGGAGAAUCGUCGUCCUGUUGUGAGGCGUGCGGCGGAGAGGGGCGCUAAGUGAUUUAAUUUUAAGCGAAUUUGCUGCAAAGUGGAGAUAGUGUUAUAUAUGGACGGUGACGGAAGGGGCACUGGCUGCGUGUGCAUACAUAUAAUGGAAAAACGAAUAAGGAAUAUGAUUUAGAGAGGCAUACCAGCCAGCACCACCACCACCACCAGCAGCAGCAGCAGCAACAUCGAGAGAAUCGUGUGUAAUAUUGGAGACAACAGCAAAAGGGAAAACUUUACGACGCAUCGAAACUAGGCCACCAGCUAAUUGUUGCAAAAUCAGUGUGCCGUCGACGGGAAAACGAAAAAAAGAAAAAGAAAAGAAAACAAUGGAACAGGAAAUCGGAAGCUGGGACUCGGUCCUGCUGGAGAACCUAUCGGAGGAGAGUUUUAUUAACAAUUUGCAUCAGCGCUACAAAAGGGAUUUGAUCUAUACGUACAUCGGCACAUUUUUGGUAGCGCUGAACCCGUUCAAACCGUUGACUAUCUACACGCCGGAUCUGGUCCGAAAGUAUGCCAACAAGAGCCUCUUCCAGUUGCCUCCGCAUAUCUUUGCCCUGGCCAACUCGGCCCAUCAGUUUCUGCUCAACUACAACGAGGAUCAGUGCAUCGUGCUGUCGGGCGAAAGCGGUGCCGGCAAAACUGAAUCCUCCCGCAUGAUUGUCCACUUCCUGACGCAGCUGUCGGAAAUGCGCCGCAGUCGAACACCGAUCUUCUCGCUUCGCGGAUCAAAUCCCAACUCGCGCCAAACGACACCGAAGCACUGUACCAUCACCCGCGUGGGUUCGUCGUUCGAAAGCAGCACCUCCGGGGGCACCGGCCGACUGGACAGCAUCAUGAAGUACAACACCACCAGGAAAUGUUCCCACGAGAAGACGGUGGAAUUCGAUUUGAUUUCGCACCACAAGAGUUCGGAGAACCUGGCGGCCAUGAUGGGAGGCGUUGGCGGUGGCGGAGGUGCCGGGGUAAUGGGUAGCACCCCCAAAUGUCUAAAGCACUCGAACCAAUCCAUCAGCCGGUCAACGGAAGCGAACGAUUUCCCGACAAAGUCGACGCUCAAGUCGGCAUUUGCUGUAUCCUGUCCGAAGCACAACUGCACCAGCAGUGGCAGUGCCGGUAGCAGUCACAUGGAUCUGCAUCGCAUGUGUGGCUACUCUCCGUCGCUGCAGAAGCGUUGCAAUUUGAGCCGAUGCUGCCACCAGAGUAGCACCCGGUCCAUCCACAAGUCGUCCUCGUCGAUUGCGCUGACGUACGAUCAUAGCAUAGCUAGCAGUAUGAUGUCGCCAUCGGUUCAUCGGCGGCAGAUCCUGAAGUCCAUCACCAAGGAGGUGUACUUGCGCGAUCUGGAAUUGGCCAAGAUGCGGGAACGGGUAGCGCAUGCCGAGGUGUUCCUGGAGGCGAUGGGCAAUGCGAGCACGCUCAAGAACGGCAACUCCAGUCGGUUUGGAAAAUUUUUCGAUAUCGAGUUCGAUUACAAGGGUGAUCCGACGGGAGGACACUUAACGUUAUAUAUGCUGGAAAAGACACGCGUGACGAACCGGAGUCCGGGCGAAAGAAACUUUCACAUCUUCUACCAGCUGCUCAGUGGUGCUGAUAUCCAUUUGCUCAAAUCACUCAAACUACAGCGCAAUAUCGAUCGGUACGAUCUGCUCAAAUACAGCAUCACCAACGAGGAAGACCGGACUAAUUUUACUUUUACCAAGCGCUCGCUGGAGGUGAUCGGCUUCAAUCAGGACGAAAUCUUCUCCAUCUUCACCAUCCUGGCGGUGGUGCUGAAGCUUGGCAAUCUUAUGUUCAUCCCCACGACCAACAUCGACGGAAGCGAGGGCUGUGAGAUCUCCAAUGAGUAUGAACUGGACGAAAUCGCCCAGCUGCUUCAACUUGACGGGCACCUGCUGUUCCACUGUUUGACGCGGGUCGGUGAGAGUUGGGACCAGAUCGAAACUGACGGAUCGGAGAUUGAUGCCACGUACGCUGCCAAGAUCAAGUUUGCCCUGUGCCGGACAUUGUACGGGCGCCUUUUUACGCUGGUUGCCGCAAGGAUUAACGAACUGUUGAAGCUAAAGCAGUACGGUUCGCUGAGUGCGGUUCGAGGGCGCACCAUCGGUCUGUUGGAUUUCUACGGGUUCGAAGUGCUGGAGAAGAACUCCUUCGAACAGUUUGCCAUCAACUACUGCAACGAACGGUUGCAGCAGCACUAUGUGAAGAACGUCCUCAAGUACCAGCAGGAUCUGUACGUGGCGGAGGGGAUCGAUUGGAUUAAGAUUGACUUUUUCGACAAUCAAGCGAUCUGCGAGUUGAUCGACAAGCCCUGCUUCGGGAUUCUGCACCUGCUGGACGAACCGCAGAUAAUCAACGAUGGAAUUUUGCUCACUCGGUUGCACCAGUGUUGCUCCGGCCACACGAACUUCCUAGCCCGUGAUCCCAGUUUGCCUUCCAACUGUUUUCAAAUUCGCCACUUUGAGGGACCAGUGCUGUAUACCAGCCAUGGCUUCAUCGAGAAGAAUCUGGACCUGCUACCGAAGCACAUAAGCGCCUGUCUGUACCAAAACUGCGAGCUACCAAUCGUGACCAGCCUCUUCCCGGAGGGUAAUCCGAAACGGCACAAUUCCGGCCGCAAACCGACCAGUCUGAGUACAAAUCUUCGAACUUCGCUACAGACGCUGUUGAAGCAACUAGAACAACGCUACAAUCACUAUAUCUUCUGUAUCAAACCGAACGAAUUGAAGCAACCGAAGAUGCUGGAAUUGGGGCUGGUCCAGCACCAAGUUCGGUACAUGUGCUUAAUGCCGUUGAUCAACCUGUGGCGCAAUGGACACUACUUCAAUAUGGUGCACUCGCGUUUCGUGCAGCGCUACAAACUUCUCUGCCAAUACACGUGGCCUCACUUCAACGGAACGAUCAUCGACGGGGUGGCCCUGAUUAUCCGCAGUGUUCCCCUGCCCGGAGCCGAGUUUACCAUCGGCCGCAAAAAGGUGUUCAUCAGAAGUCCCCGAACCGUAUAUGAGCUGGACGAGUUCCGGAAAGUGCGGCUAAACAAGCUGGCCGUACUGAUUCAGAAGACCUAUCGUUGCUAUACCAAGCGGAAACACUUCGUCGCACUCCGCCACAGUCAGCUGGUCAUAUCGACCUGCUGGAGAAGUUGGAGGGAACGAGAAAAGGUGCGGUUAACUGAAUUCAAAAAGCAAGCUCAUUGGGCGGUCCAGGUGAUCGGUCGGUUCUUCAUCCUCAUCAAAACCCGUGAAUUCCUGCUCACCCUGCUGCUGCGGUUACCGCACGACAACAUGAGCCCUAUCUGCAACGAUUGGCCAACGGCACCGUCGGUCCUGGCCGAGACGUCCCAACUGCUGCGGAACAUUUUCCACCGCUGGCGGUGCUACAAGUAUCGAAAGUCAUUCGAUCAGCCGGCUCGGAACCGAAUGCGCGAAAAGGUCACUGCCAGUAUUAUCUUCAAGGACCGGAAGAUCUCCUACCCCCGUACGGUCGCCCAUCCCUUCCACGGGGACUACAUCCGGUUGCGGCAGAACAUCCAAUGGAAACGGGUCAGCUGCGAGCACAACGAUCAGUACGUGGUAUUUGCCGACAUCAUCAACAAGAUUGCCCGAUCGAGCGGGAAGUUCAUCCCAAUCCUGUUGGUGAUUUCGACCAACUCGAUGCUGCUGUUGGAUCAGAAAACCAUGCAAAUCAAGUACCGGAUACCGGCGUCGGAGAUCUACCGCAUGUCGCUCAGUCCGUACUUUGAUGACAUCGCUGUGAUUCACAUACGAGCGGAUAAUUACAGCUCGAAUAUGUCGGACCGGUCGGAAUCGCCCACCGGGUGCUUGUUUCAGUCGGAAAUCGGCCGGAAGAAGGGUGACUUUGUGUUCCAAACGGCCCACUCGAUCGAGAUCGUUACGAAGCUGUUCCUGGUGAUCCAGAAUGCAACUGCCAAAUCUCCCGAGAUCGUCAUCAGCACAGAAUUCGAGGCUAACUUCGGCCAGCAGACGGUGGUAUUUACGUUCAAAUGCGGAGGCCUAGUGGACAAUCCAUACAAUCAGACCCGUGUCCAGCGCAAAGGCAACCGGAUGGAGGUGAUUGUGUAACAGAGGGCCUUACCGGAGGGCGCUACUGGUGGAGGAGGAGGAGGAGGCGGAGCGGGUUGUUCUGAAUUGAUACAGUUGUUCGACUACGACGACGAGGACGGUAUGGAGUUUGGCGUCCGGGGGUUAGAAUUCGACUAGCAACGUAAGUGUACGGGUAUUUCCGUAAAAUUCCACGCUACCUUUGCUCACCAGUUUACUCAAUCCUUGUAAGGAUUAACAUUGCGGUCUUUCAUAAGGCGCGGUUGUUUAUUUCGAAAAAGCAAAGGCCGCGUGGAACUUUGUGCCAAGACCCUUUUGAACGGUGUUUCUAAUCCACUGAAUGUUACCAUAGUAGCACGGGAGAUAGUUUUGUUUAUAUGUUGAAGCAAUAUUUGAUUGUUUAGUGCCAGGACGAGCAAUCGGGGAAACGUUGUUAAUCGAGAAUAGGGGAAAAACAUGAUAGAAACUAAUGUGUACCAGUUGGUUGAUUGUUUUAGCAAACAGUGUAAAUCGAAACUACAGUAGUUCAAACGUGACGACUAACAGGUAAAUUUGAUUCCGCCAGCGGAAGCGUUUAAAAUAAAAGAAAAAUAAAAUCAAUUACGGCAACCUAUUAGCAAUUGAAAACUACAAAAACAAACUUGGAAUUUAAUCGUAGAGAGACUUUUAUAAAUCUAUUUAAGUUGAUGAAAUUAUAAGAUCUAAUUCCAUACAAUCAUAGUGAGUAUUAUAAACGUAAAAAAAAAACUAAUUUUAUCGGAUCCCACGCACGGUGUGGGCAACGAUCUCGGAAGUUGGGUACCAGUGACCACAGGGAGUCGACCCACAAACGCUCGUUCAAGCCAAUACUAAAUUUUAACCUAGAACUUAUUUUUGAUAUUGAUUUUAUCGACUACUACUUUCGAUAGACCACGCAAAGUUUGACAGAGUUUUAACAGUCAGUGCUCUAGUUUUCCACGCAUACGAGUUGAUCGGUCUUUGGUAUUUUUAAAUAAAAGCGAAAAUCAAAACAACAAGUUAUAGUAAUAAAUGGCAGACUGUGUUGUGACUUUUGUCUGUUGUUGAAAUUCGACGGAAUCAAACAUACACAAAAAAGGGAAAUCAGAAUAAAACCCUCUAGUAAAAGUAUGGACGAUUGUCACCUGAAAAACGAAAAAAGCUGUUCCAAUCGA